AUGAAGGAACUAUUCGGGAUUCAUAAACCUAUCAUGCUGGACAGUUGCAACUUCGGUCAUUGGAAGACAAGGAUGCGACAGUUGAUCAGAGGAAUUGAUGAGGAUGCACGGACCGCAGUAGAGGAAGGUUGGUCUGUCCCUACAAUGAUGACCGAUGACAAAACCUUGGCCCCAAAGCCAAAGGAUAGGUGGACUAAUCAAGAGAAGGCAGCAUCGAAGUUCAACUCUAAAGCCCUCACUGCAAUCUUCUCUUCGGUGGAUCUGGACCAGUUCAAAAUCAUCCAAGGUUGUGAAUCUGCUAAAGAGUUAUGGAAUAUUUUGACCAAUCACUUUGAAGGGAAUACUAGCGUGCGGAGAACAAGGAUCGAUCACUUAGCCUCAAAAUGCCUACCUCCACGAUUCGAAGCUUACAAGGCUGUACUGGAUAUAGCCGUUAAUACUGAUGAGAUGAAGUUUGAUCAGCUGUCUGGUAUCUUAAAAGUUCAUGAUCUGGAGAAAACUAAUCAAACUGCAAACUCUCAAAAGAGCAUCGCUUUUGUAGCUGACUCUAAAGAGCAGGAUCGAGUCACAAAGAUUGAAGAGAACUUGGGACUAAUGGCUCGAAACUUCAACAAGUUUAUCAAGCGAAUGGAGAAAGGAGGGAAUCGAUCCAACUCACGGUUUCAGAGGAAUGACUCAGAUCGAAACAGCUCUCAGUACACUAGGCAAGACUCGAAGAACUCGAAGAAGAAGGAGUUGCAGUGUCAUGAGUGUGAAGGCUAUGGGCAUUAUCGCAAUGAGUGUCCGCUAGCUAAACGAAAAGAGCUGAAGUGCAUUGACUGCAAGGGUUUUGGUCACACUCGAAGUGAAUGUCCUAAUAAUCUGAAAAAGGACAAGUCACUCAUGUGUUUCAGUGAUACAGACUCAGAGAGUGACAGCGAUGGAAAUGAGCUACAUCUAAACUUUAUGGCACUCGUCUGCAAGGAAGAAGAACCAAAGUUGGAUUCAGUCGUGGAAGAGGAUGAAGAUGAUCUCAGCAACGACCUUGAAACAGAAUACAAGUCUCUGUUUGACAAAUUUGCUGAACUCAGCCAUGAGAACCUACAACUACUGAAAGAUAAGGCCAUGCUAAAAGCUCAGGUGAAUAUCUUGGAAUUUGAGAAAUCUUUGAAUCAAGUUGCUGAAUUAUCAAUCUUAAAGAACUCAGACCAAGAGAUGCUGUCCCUAAAGAGAGCGAUGACAGAACAGGAAAGGGUGCAGAAGCAGUUUGAGCUGAAGGUAAGUCAUCUGAAUGAUCUACUGAUCAAGGAGAUGGACAAGAGCAAAUUACUUGAAAAUCAACUCGCUGAAAAUCUCAAGAGAGUAAGAACUCUCACUACUGGCACAACAACUCUGGAUCAUCUUCUCACCAUUGGUCAGUGUCCUAGCAGCAGUUGGGGAUUGGGUUUUCAAGGCUCUGCAUCCAAAUAUGCUGAAGAAACUGUAUUUGUGAAAGGUAGUUCGAAAGAAAAAGAAAUCCAAGUAUCAACAAAGGUUCAGACUGAUAAUCAUAAAAGUGGAAACAUGAAGAAGACUACUACUAUGCAACGAGGAAAUGGAUGUCACUUCUGUGGAAAGCGUGGUCAUAGCGUCAGAUUCUGCUACUUCCGAAGAAAUCAGUAUCAACGAGCCUGGAGAAUGAAUCUUUGCUUUAUGGAACCAUCCUUGUAUGGUCAUAGAGUCUCGACUGUCUCACACAUUGAGAAGAAUGAACUACGCACUGAUGCAGAACAACCUAUCAUCUGCAACUUUGCAACCUUGUCUACCAAAACUGAGUUAGUGAGCAACGUUGCAUACACAAGUUCUGAUUCCAACCUACAGCUUGAUACUCCUUGGUACUUUGACAGUGGCUGCUCAAAACAUAUGACAGGAAAUCAAGAUUUCUUUGAGAAGCUAGAGUUUAUCAAAGGAGGCAAAGUAACCUUCGGUGAUGGUGGUCAAGGAAAGAUACGAGGUGUGGGUGAACUGGACAAGGCUGUCUUACCUAGACUCAUUAAUGUCUUCUAUGUGGAUGGUCUUAAGGCAAACCUCAUCAGUGUCAGCCAACUGUGUGAUGAGGGAUUGGAGGUUAUCUUCAACAGCAAAGAAUGUCGAGCUGUCGAUGCUAAAGGGAAUGUGGUUCUAUGCGGUGUGCGAUCUGGAAACAACUAUUAUAUGUGGAAGCCAUCACAUUUGUGCUACUCGGCUAAAGAAUCUAAGUUGGAUCUUUGGCACACAAAACUCGGACACAUGAAUUCUAAUGGUCUGACCCGACUGGUCAAUGCUGAGGUUGUCAAGGGAGUUCCAGAACUGGAGAAACAAACUGACACUGUGUGUGGAGGUUGCUGUCAGGGAAAACAGGUUAAGGUUCAGCACAGGCAGAUUUCUGAGAUCAGAUUCAAGGGGAUACUGGAGCUGGUGCAUAUGGAUCUUAUGGGACCAAUCACGCUAGACAGCAUUGCUGGAAAAAGAUACAUCUUUGUUCUUGUAGAUGACUUCUCCAGAUACACUUGGAUAGACUUCCUGAGGAACAAAUCUGAUGCAUUGGAAAGUUUCUGA